UGAGUUUCGGUGAGGAGGAGGAGGAGGGGCUUGAGCCCAAAGUAGGUGAACAUUUUCACGUCGCCGCACCGCUUCUACCCUAGAUAAACUUUCACUUUGUUGUUGUGAGACGGCGAUGUGCGGCAGAAACGGUGAACUUUGACUUGGUGGAAGUCUGUGUUAAAGUAUAGGAAAAACUUUAGUACCAUACCGAGGAUUUGUACAGCUGUUUGCGCACUCACGGAGCAGAAAAGCGCCCGGUGACUUCCUGGUUUACCGCCACAGGGGGCUAUCCUCACAGGCAGGAUGUCGGUUACCCCACGCCGUGUGCGCCUGAAGCCGUGGCUCGUGGCGCAGGUGGACAGCGGGCGCUACCCGGGGCUGGUGUGGAUUGACCGUGAUGCCAUGCGCUUUAAGAUCCCCUGGAAACACGCGACCCGCCACACACCGCAGCACGAGGACGAAGACACCAUAUUCAAGGCGUGGGCUGUGGAGACAGGGAAGUUCCAGGAGGGUGUAGAUGAACCAGAUCCAGCCAAGUGGAAGGCUCAGUUGAGAUGUGCGCUCAAUAAAAGCAGAGAGUUCAACCUGAUUUAUGAUGGCACCAAAGAAGUCCCCAUGAACCCACUCAAGAUCUAUGAUGUUUGUGACAUACCACAGCCCAUGAGUAACCAAGCCCUUUCUGAUGCUGGUUCAUGGACUCCCGGAGAUGAUGAUGGCGGAGAUGAUGAUGUUCCCAACACACCAGAAUCCCUGCCUCCCUAUCCAUCCAAUGGCACCAGCCCAUCUCCUCUGAUCCUGUGGUCUCCAUGCUCAGACGCCUCCAUGCAGCCCCCCAGCUGUCCUCCUUCAAACGAGGUCUGGCCCAAAGAGGAGCCCAACAAAGUGUGGCCAAAAGAGGAGCCAGUGGAUGUGGAAAUGCAGCCUCCCCCAAUGGCUGUCAUGGCUCCCACUGCACUGCCUGAAACCAUAAUGCACCCCCCGCCACUGUCUGAAGCCCUGUUUGCCACUCCAGAGACAUGGAUCAGUUCUCUGCCAAUGACUGACCUGGAGGUGCAGUUUCUGUACAGGGGCAAAGAGAUGUGUCCCACAGUCACAGUCAGUAACCCUCAGGGCUGCAGGCUGUUUUAUGGAGACCUGGGUCCGAUGGAGAAUCAGGAGGAGCUGUUUGGACCCGUGAGUCUGGAGCAGCUGCGUUUCCCCACCACCGAGCACAUCACCAACGAAAAACAGCGCAUAUUCACCAACCGCCUGCUGGACGUGAUGGACCGUGGCCUCAUCCUGGAGGUGAAUGGACACGACAUCUAUGCCGUGCGCCUCUGUCAGUGCAAAGUCUACUGGUCUGGCCCCUGUGCUCCCAAUCCAGCAGCCCCCAACCUCAUCGAGAGACAGAGGAAAGUUAAACUGUUCUGUCUCGAGUCUUUUCUCAGUGGUGUGAUUGCUCAUCAGCGUGGCCAGACUCCAAACCCACCCAAUUUUGAAAUCAGUCUGUGCUUUGGAGAGGAGUGGCCCGAUGGCCGCCCCAGAGAGAGGAAACUGAUCAUGGUCCAGGUUAUUCCGGUUGUGGCGCGAAUGAUCAGUGAGAUGUUUUCUGGAGACAACACUCGCUCCUUUGACAGUGGCAGCGUUCGUCUGCAGAUUUCCAUCCCUGACAUCAAAGACAACAUCGUGACCCAUCUGAAGCAGCUGUACUGUCUGCUGCAGACCCACCAGGGCCAGGAUGGGUGGACCAUGCCCCCUGGUCCCGGUAUGAACAUUGUUCAAGCUCUGCAGUCGCAGUGAAGCACAACAUAUUAUAGACUAUUUGACUCUUGACUACCCUUGCUCACUAGUACUUACUUUAUGUGUAUUAUCUUGUAUUGAUGGUCAUUUUCGUUUCCAUUGUAUGUGAAGGGGACACAUCUGUAGACUGCACAGGCCAAAGUCUUUUUUUGUCAUAAGAAAACAUUUUACAAAGUAAAUGAGUUACAGAAGUGGUCAGGGCAUUAUUUACCCUCAGUACCCUAACUGCCAAGUGUCCUCUUGUCCAGCCCCCUGAGUCCCAUCAGUACUGCUCAUUUAUCUUCUCCUGGUGCCAUUCAGCUUUUAAUGUUAAAUAUAAAAUAUGCCCCUGUUUUGUUUUUUUUUUUUCGUUUUUUUUUUUGGUUUCUUUAACAUUUGUGUAAUAUCAAACCUUGUUCAAUUCAUAAAAUGUAUCCAGUUACCGGAUUAUUGAGUAUUUUCUUUUCUAGAUGUGUAACAUUUUACAUCAUUGCCAUUUAUAAAACAUUUAGCAAUAAUCAGAUUUAUUUGUCUGUUUUGAGAUGGAGGCCAACGCACUUUGAGUGCUGAAGUACAGUUUAUAUUUGGUGCAUAUGUACUUAAACAUUUUUGUAUUUUAGCCAUAUUGCUAUGAUGACAAAUCUUGUAGUGCUUUGAAUAUUAAAUCAUGUCUUCUUUAA